CUUGGUUCAAACGAUAGUCGGUUGCUGUUCAUAACAACAUUUUAUCCCUUUGAGGAACCGGUGGGAAGAAGACUCAGUUACAUCCGAGUCCGUAGCUUAAUUUCAGCAGGUCCCAAACUGAAUGCAUUCGAAUGGUUGCAUAGGAAACAUUGCAUCAUGGACAGGGAUGGCAAUGGACUCAAUGAGACCGUAAUGAACCCGACCAAUUUAAGCGAUUCUUCAAAAAGCAAAGAGGAGACGGUUGAGGUGGGUGUUAUCGUAAUGGGCCUCUGCUGUAUUUGCCUGGUUGCCUGUGCACUAGCAGUUCUCCAUCUCCGCUCGAGCAGCAGACGCAUUUCAGGAAACCGUCGAAGAGCCGAACAUUCAGGAGGUGUGUCUGAGGAUCGAUCACGUGACCCAUUGGAUGUGGCAGCACCGCCCUCUUAUGACACAGUAAUCCGUUCCCCUCACCUGUACCCGCCCUCCCGACAGAUCUCUAUGUCUCCUGGUGUUUCUGAGACGCGAAGAAGCUCCGGAUCAAGUACAUUCAGUAUGUCGCUUCAUAGUCCUCGACUCACCCAUCAUUAUCUUGAAGCACCUCGAGAAACACCUGAAGAGAACCUCUCUGAACACCCGAGUUUGCAGAUGUUUCACCAGGAGGACAAUGAAGAGCCUCCCCCACCUUAUCCAGGGAAUAUAAUUUCAACAGAAACAGGACAAGAUGCGAGUUUAACGGUCAAUGUCUGUCAAGGCAACUCGAGAACAUUCAGCGAGAGCACCGGACAAGGUGAAAGGAAUCAGAGAACAGUUGAAAAUGAGUUUAACAGUUGGAACUCGGAAGCACGGGAAAGUACAAGUCACGUGGUCAAUGUGUGGACUAGUUGCGAGGCUUUGCAUCAAUCACCAAAUGGAGAUACCCGUAAUGAAUUAUGUAGAACUGACAUUGAUCAAUUAAAUUACGAAAGGAGGAUGCCAGUCUGCAAUCUUAGACAACCUAAAGUUUUCCGGACGGUUGUUUCUUAUUCAUCGCAACUUCAACGUGGUAAAGAGGCCGUGAGCGAGUCUUUGGCCUUCUCUGAUGAAGAUGCUAACAACGUGUAGUCAUUAAUGCUGUUAAGCCAAUCUUUCUAUAGUAAAUUCUCAAUCAUCAAG